GACAGAGAGAAGCAGACACUCGCUGCAGAGACACCACCAGCGUGUCUAUGAUCCACAUGGUGUUAGGAACGACCCGCAGAGACCUGACGGUUUAAGGUCCGAGAGCUGGACGGACGGAGCAGCCCAUCAUCUCCAUCUCUUCCUGCGCGCUUUGACCAAGAUUGUGUGACCGGUCCGAUAUUCCACGGCGGUUUUGGCUUUUGGGACUUGAGCUGCUGGAAGUAGCGCCAUACACCAAGUCGGACUCUGCAGCGUCUGGGCAGCCGACAAACACGCGGGUCCUCGCGGGGACGCGGCGCGCGGUGGAAGGUUCUGGGAAUUAUAAAACCCUCGCACAUCAACAUACCGCAUGGUUGGAAUUUCUGACUCCCUUCAGUAUCGCACUGGGAAGCGCUCCACCAUGCCCGAUUCACCUGCGGACGUCAAGACACAGUCCAGGUUGACCCCUCCUACCAUGCCACCGCCACCCACCACACAAGGAGCUCCUCGCAACAGCUCCUACACUCCAACAACAUUAACCAACGGCAGCACCCACUCCCCCACGGCACUCAACGGUGCUCCAUCGCCCCCAAAUGGCUACAGCAACGGCCCGAGCUCCUCUUCCUCGUCCUCGCUGGCUAACCAGCAGCUCCCCCCGGCGUGUGGCGCCCGGCAGCUCAGCAAACUGAAGCGUUUCCUCACAACCCUGCAACAGUUUGGCAACGACAUCUCACCGGAAAUCGGUGAGCGAGUGCGCACGCUAGUGCUGGGACUGGUGAAUUCCACACUCACCAUCGAGGAAUUUCACUCCAAGCUACAAGAAGCUACCAACUUCCCUCUGCGGCCUUUUGUCAUUCCUUUCCUAAAGGCAAACCUGCCACUACUUCAGCGAGAACUCCUUCACUGUGCCCGGUUAGCCAAGCAGAACCCGGCUCAGUACCUGGCCCAGCAUGAGCAGCUGCUGCUGGACACCAGCACCACCUCUCCAGUGGACUCUUCUGAACUAAUGCUCGAUGUCAACGAGAACGGCAAGAGGCGGACACCGGACAGAACCAAAGAGAAUGGCUUUGAGCGAGACGGCCCUCUGCACACAGACGUCCACCCCAGCAAGCGGCCCUGCACCAUGAGCCCCGCCACACGGUUCAGUCCGUCAAAUGGCAUCUCUUACCAACCCAACGGCAUCCCACAUCCGGGUCCCAUCCCCCCUCAGCACUACAGGUUGGAUGACAUGGCCAUUGCACACCACUACCGGGACACCUACAGACACCCAGCAUCCAACCACCGAGAGAUCCGCGAGAGAACCAGACCGAUCGGUUUGCAUCCAACAAACAGGCAGGAGGAAGUAAUUGACCACCGGCUGACGGACAGAGAGUGGGCUGAGGAAUGGAAGCACCUUGACCAUGUAAGAAAACUGCUGAACUGCAUCAUGGACAUGGUAGAGAAGACGAGGCGCUCGCUGACUGUGCUGCGACGGUGCCAGGAAGCCGAUCGGGAGGAACUCAACUACUGGAUUCGACGCUAUAGUGACGCAGAAGAGCUGAAAAAAGGAGCAACUAGUGGGCAGCCCAGGCAGCAGAGCCCCGCGGCACAAGAGAACGCUACCCCAGAAAUCCACAGGGAACUUCUGCAGCGACCGGUGUCCGGCUACGUCCCUGAGGAAAUCUGGAAGAAAGCUGGUUCGGGAGGGUUGACUUCCUCUGUGUCCACACUCUUUCCAGAAGAGGCCGUGAAUGAGGUGAAGCGCCAGGCCAUGUCCGAGCUGCAGAAGGCCGUGUCUGAGGCGGAGCGCAAGGCUCACGAGAUGAUCAGCAGUGAGCGAGCAAAAAUGGAGCGCACUGUGGCUGAGGCCAAGCGGCAGGCGGCCGAGGACGCCCUUUCCAUUAUCAACCAGCAGGAGGACUCCAGUGAGAGUUGCUGGAACUGUGGUCGUAAGGCAAGCGAGACCUGCAGCGGCUGCAACACCGCUCGCUACUGCGGCUCCUUCUGCCAGCACAAGGACUGGGAGAAGCACCACCACGUCUGCGGUCAGACCCUGCAGGCCCAGCAGCAGCAGCAGCAGCAGGUCAGCCAGCAACAGGGUGGCGUCCCGGGGUCAGAGACUCCUGCCCCAGUCAGCUCCUCCGCCUGCACCCCGAGCAGCACGGGGAGUCCUGCUGCCACCCCGCCUGCUGCUACCACCCGCUCGUCCACACCCAGCACCCCGUCCUCUUCUGCCAUGGAUGCUACACCGCGCUGAGAGAGGCAGUGUGUAACAGCUGACUCUUAACCCCACAAACAGCAUGACUGUCUUCAUUGCCUUGUAAACUAAGCUAACACGGCCGACGGUGGAUUAGACAACGUCGCUCGUGUCUGUCUCACAGCUUGGUCAUAGAAGGAAGUCCGUAACCAGGUCAUAUUGACUAACCGUGACUUCAGAGGGACACAAAGAUAUUCUUUGCUUUGAAUGAAUGAAUUUAAAUAAUGAUAUCAUUUCAUUGUUGUUCAAUUGUCUGUUGGCUGUCGUCGUAUGUUGUUAAUGUUGUUGUCAUUGUCUGAUAUUUUUUUCCUGUUAAUAUAAAGAGACUGGGCAAAGAAAGACAUACAUUUAAUACAACAAUAUCUCACUCCCUUUCUUUUCCAAAUAAUCCAAUAAUCCAGAGGAGGCAGCAUCCACACUCCUAGAGAUUACAGCGACCACAUGACUGGACUGGACGUAGCUCCCCAAUUUCAAUGGUGUUAGUGUUUUUACAUUGGACAAAAAUGGUGCUUAUUUGGUAACACAAAUAGUGCGUUCACUUUAUGAUAAUUUCCCUUAUGUUUUGGGGUCUAAAAGAGCCGGUUAUGGUUGAUGGUCGGCAGAAUACUCGUGCAUAUGGGAGGAUAGAAAUCAUGAGAUUUGGAUGUUUGGAAGAAAUAUCUAUUUUACACUAAAACACUGGAGUGUGGACGCAGCCCAAUUUCGAUUACAAUCGUAAGAGAGUGUUCACUUGAUUUGGCAUAACAAAAAUGCUCUUGAAAUCGGAAAGUGAGAAUGGAGGGACUGAUUCUAUGACCAACACCAUGAGAUGGGCAGAUGUUGGGCAGAUUGUGAGCAGAGCCAGCUGUUCAGUGUUAUUUCCUCCUCACUUGUAAUAUCCAGGUCAGUGGGCCGGGAAAUACUCCACCAACUCCCUUUGGGACAAAAGCUGAAGAACCCUUGAAGAUGAUAUAACUUUCCCCACUUGAGGAGUACAAUUUGCUUCAACGCCGUCACGGAAAUAAAACUACCAUCAUCAUGGAAGGUUGUCCAAUCACCAGAACAGCAGACACUCGCACGGAUUGUGCCACUUCUUUCUUUAUGCCCUUUUUAUUUAUGUGUAAAGACUGAACUCACUUGGUGUCCCCAACUAUUAUUUAUUAUACUUCAAUGGACAAUGGGGAAACCUUGAGAAGCUGUCACGUCAUCUCUGUCCACAACUACAAAAAAAAAGAUUUUUUUUCUCUCUCUCUCUGAGCUGCUUUUCUAUACCCUGUCAUGAUCAUCGCUACUUCUACAAGUUCUUGUCCCCAGAAAAAGACGGACCCGGGAGCCACCACAGGGACUGAUUCCAGAGACAGCAUGUCGUGCUAAAUGAUCAUUCAGAGGGGACACCCAUCAAUGUAUUUGCACUGUCACCGAUGUUGUUUUGGCAUGCCUUUUUUUCAGCAUUGUGUUGUUGCUAUAGAGCCAUAAUGCAACACUUUUGUAUGUAGCAAUAGCCUGUUACUAUUUAUUUCAUGGUGAACUUACCAGUCCCUCCUCAUUUCCUCUCAUUCCUUACAUGACAGUGACGGUGUAUUUUCUUCCUCGAUAGUUACAGACAGUGCAUGCACAUGAAACAUUUGUUCAGUAUUUUUUAGAAAACAGAAAAAAACGGUUGAAAAAAAAAAAACGUCUAACAACAAACUUUCCAAAUGCAGAGGUGUAAACUCCAAUUUGACAGCUUUAACAACACAACACACCAGGUAACAAAGAGUGUUAACACAAGAGACGAACUCAAAACAGCCAAAGACUGACACCAAGGACCAAAUCUUGAUUUUAAACAACUCACGAAAGAGGUUUGUUUUAAACAAGUGAUCUUUUUUUUUUCUUUUCUUUAUCUGUCUAUAACAGUUCAUGGUAACUGCUCUACGAUCUGCAAGUCAGUGGCAAUUAUCUUGUUUUAUGAAGUGAAAACAUCCAAUUAAUGAAAAAAAAAUUGCAAUAAUACACAAGGUUACAGAAGCUACCACAUUUUUCAAUCUCAAGCUACAAUUUUGUAAUUAUUUAAAGCUCACAAAACCGAAUUAAUUUGGUUUAUAAGGGGUUAACGGGGAUAUAAACAGUAACUGUGUCAUGAAGGUCAGAGCGAAGGUCAUAAAUAUACAAAACUCUUGCCAACAACAUGAACUUUUUUACCGUACGCAUCGUCAAGAGUUUUGUAUAUUUACAGAAUGUCAUUUGUGAAUGAGUAAGAUCAAGUCGCCCUGCCUGUUAUUUUAGCUGCCAUUCCCAAAUUGCUUGUCAUUUUUGACAAGCAUCACGCCGAACCGUUCCCUUAGUCUUAACUCAUCCAUAUUUACUCUCCACCAUUGAUCUGCCUCCAGGCUGCUACACAAAUGAACCUGACAAGACAUUGAUGAGAUUUGGUGACACUGCUGGUUAAAAAACAAGAGCAAUUCACAAGAGCCGGUCAGAACUUUAGAACCCACAAAAAAGAGGGGCGAGGUUGGAACAAAGGCUUCUUGCAUUUGUCACCUGAAUGAGAACCUGCACAGACAAAUGUUUUAUGUUAUUCUUCUGAGUCAUUCUUAAGAGUCAUGUGAAUGUCUGUAUGGUAUCUUGAGGAAGCACCCCACACAAAUGUCAAACAAAAUUUCCUAAAUCUUUGUUGGCUUUCGUCAAUCUUGUCACAGUAAAGCAAGAGUAUACAGUAAAAGCUAGUCACCCUAAAUACUCUGGUGCUAUGGAGAUGCUAGUCUCUAGUUGUUUUUGGCAGUUUGCUCCCGCCGUUCUCUUCACAUGAUCAUUCAUUUGACCUCCAGAUGCACCCACACGACUGCGUCCUCAGAUCAGAUCGGAGAAUGUAACACUUCCAUCAUCAACCCUCUGUCAUGUGACAAGAACUGACACUAAUUUUAGAUGACACAUUUUUCUCGAGCAGAAAGUCACAUGCACAGUGUUUGUUAACAGGACAUUCACCCCAGUAGUGUGGCCGCAGCGCAAGAGGUCAAAGUUCAAAAAGCCUGUUGCAACAGGUUUUAACUAAGUCUACCAGACCCCGAACACCAGUUACUGUUUAUAAAAACUAAAUUGUAUCCAGAUGAAUAUUUUUGUUUUCCUCCCACCUCAGUGUGUGUUUUGCUACAAAGUCCUCAGUAGCAAGCCAGUCUCACUCUACCUCUUACAGCACGAUAAGAGCAUCAGUCCCAGCGCUGAUACUGGUCUAGUCGAAACCAAAUGGGCACAAGUGAACAGGAAAAAAAAAAAGUAAAAACCCAAAGUCAAAGCUAAUAUAGCUGCGAAACCAUAUCACUACUUGGUAACAAUGCAGACCUCAUGAAUAAAUACAACAUAAAUGAAUAGAAAUGAGAAAAAAACAGAAUGUUUCGUUCAUUUACGCUUGUUUUUUUUUAACAAUUUUUUUAAGACCAGAUUUUAAAAAUGUGCUAAUUUGGGCUGCGAUCCGUUACUUGAUGCUUAAUUUUCUCGGUUUUUGCUUCAAGUAUUUCCUCUAUUGACCCUUUUCUAGGUUUCUCUGUCCUGAAAAUAUGCUAUAGUCACUUGUCAACUGAGAUAAAUACAAUUACAGGAUCAUACAGGUCUUGUUAAAAAAAAAAAAAAAAAAAAAAAGAA